AUGGAGCAGAACGGCAUUACCAACGUCAGCAGCCAGUUCCUAGAAACAUGCGGCAUCACAGCAAGCCCCGAGUCCAGCAGCAACAGCGUAUGGCAAACUGACCAUACCAGCGCCGACGCCCAGGAACGGUUUGCCUCCGUUGAUUCCAUACUGCAGAGCUACAUCACCGGCUUCUCAUCCACAGACGACAUCAUCGGUCUCCCUCCCAGAGCGCGCGUCGAUGCAAUCCUCGUAAUGUCCCUCGGUAUCGCCAAACAGAAACUUCUCAAGACCUGCGAUGCACAAGCCAAGCCCGAUGUUAAGAGGCAACUGGCAACGCUGUUCUGGGGCCAUAGCCAGUUCAUCUCCGUGCCGGAGUCGUUCUCGAAUCCCUGCGGUAUUCGGAGUUCGGCGCUUGACUAUGUUUUAUGGUAUGGGGAAGCAGCAGACCUUGAAACGAAUUUGGUCGUGCUUCGAGUGGAUGAGGCAAUGGGUAGUGCGGUAGAGGAGCGAUACUACUCUGCUGCCCUCGCUGCCAUAUCAAUGAUUCACCAUAAUCGGGCAAAACGUCCUAUUAUCCAAGACACAUACGGACUCGUCACUGAUGGCUUGAAAUGGACUUUUUUCCAUGUGAAUAAGGAGCAUGAGUAUUCUUCCUUAACAUUGAAUUGGUUGGAGGGUGACGAACAAGCCAUUGUUCACCUUGUUGACAAAAUCAUGGACCAAGCAGUCACAGUGAAGAUGAAGUGUGAAAAAACAGAAUUGGCCCGGUACGAAUGGGAGAAGAUCGCAACAAAGUGGGACCUACCGCAACACAAGUAUUCAGAAGAGGAAGAGGACAUUUAUCCAGAGGAGACCGAUUCAGACGAUAUAUCUCCACCCAACACACCUCACCUAACCCCAUAUUUUACAAAACACCACAGAGAAGCAGAGUGGCUUGCAGACCUCAGAAAAGGUAUCUAUGAUAUCCUCGAGUGCGUAAGGCACGGCGAGUCCGUGGAUGAACAGCUGGAGGACUUGGUCAACACAACCAGCGAGAAGGCAGAGGCGGAUGAAGAACCUCCGUCCGACCAUGGCCGAAAGCAUUCCGAAUCUGUCGCUGUAACGGAUAUCGACCCCAGCAGGGUCAUGAAUAUGUUCGAUCUCCGGCACCAGCCCAAGCCCACCAACAACUGGAGGCUAGAGCCUUGGGAAGUACGCAACGUGUCGAGCCGUCUGGAAACCACUCUCGAACAGAUAAAAUUGGUAUAUGGUGACGCCUACGUGAAUCAGGCGGCUUCACGGCUCAUGGUUGACGCGAUAUUCCUAGAUGUACUCACCUCGAUAAAGAGUUCAUCAAGUCGAAAGGCCCUCCGUAUGGCCCUCGCAAUCAACAUUUCCUACAAACUCCCGACACGCGACUGGGGCAGUGUUGUGGAAAAGUUGGUAGAAGGGCGCAUGGACUAUACCCUGAGGUACGGCAACCCUAAGGAAGCCGAGACCAACCUGGUGGUCGUGGAACCGAGUCACAGGUGCUACUUUUCGGCUGCCCGAUAUCAGGCCAUUUCCUACAUGGCUCUAAUCCAGCACGCUCGCAACAAGGCCGGCCGGGCCAAGACGCCCAUAUACGGGGUGACAACCGAUAUCAUGGACUGGGACUUCAUCCGCAUGGAUGCAUCGGGGAAUUUUUGCUGGGGAGAGAAUCAGGGCUCCCAAAUAAUUUCCCUCCUGCACAAGAUCAUUUCCGAGGCGUUGACUCUUCCCACGGCUUCUCAUGAGAAAAUGGCCGAAGAGGUUGCCGACAGCGAUGGGAGUGGGACCACGGUCUAG